AUGUCGGAGCCGGUUCUGGAAAAAUCAAAAUCCACCCUCUCGAAGGGCACGUCCAGUUCCCCGCAGACGUGGGCGGAGUACAAGGAACGUUUGAAAGUUUUCGGCUGGCAAAACGGGACGAGCUAUAAAUGGUACUACUAUAAUUUGAAUUUGAGUCGAAAAUUGCGGAAAAUGACGUUUGAGUUCGGGGGGAUUAGAUAUAUUUUAUUGUUUUCUUUCGCGUCUCUGUCUCGCCCUUCUGUUUCUUUUAUUCGCGCGAAAAUGCGUGCGAUCUGUCAAGGAAACGCAUUCGAACGCAACGAUUCGAUCUUUUCAUGCGGAGCGAUCGAGAGUGGUCGAGACAGAGAGAUGAAAGUCUGA